AUGGAAACGCUCAAUACGCAACAUCAACAGGCUCAUACCACGGUUCGCCCCAACCGCCUUCACCUUACUCUGGAGGACGAGGGGGAUGGACUGGGCCGCCUCCGUAUUCUGGAACUGGUCAUACCUCUCCUUGCCGACAUGAUGACUAUUCAUCGCAAAAUGGAAAUUAUUUUCAUGCCCAAGGUCAAUUUAGCGUCUCACAAUGACCCGCAAUCCCCACGGGCUGGAGAAAGUGAUCAUUAUGCCCGGCCCUCCAGUAGGGAUGAAGGGGUGAACCAGGCACAAGCCCAACCCGAUGGUGGAAAUCCCCAGUCCAUGCCGCCUCCGACCCACGAAUCCAACGAAACAACGCCGGCAAACAAGGGCGGGAAAUUCAGCUUUGCUUUCAAGUCCAAGGCUGCACCCUCUCCCGCUCCAAAACCAGUACCUGACCUUGCCCAGAGGAUGCAACAGGUCCGCGAGCUGGUCCCUCGUGUACCAGAGCCACCCCAACAACCUCGCAAUCGGUUUACCAAUGGGCCACUGCCCAAAUUCAAACCGGAUCUAAGGGCUGAUCGCCGUGACCGGGACCGUGGACGAAAUCGCGAUCGAGACCGUAGAGACUUCCGGGAGCCGCGAGAAUUCCGUGAUCCACGGGAUCGAAGGGAUGAUCGCCGGUUCGAUCAACGUCGUGAUCGACGACAGGGAGAACGACUCCCGGACAAGCCCUCGGACUGGCAAGAUCGCCGCCGUGGCCCUUCCCCACAACCGCCAAGAGAGGCACUACCUCCCAAGCAGAAGCGGGUUCUUACUCGCCUUAAACCGCGCCCCACACUCCCUGAGGAGUUCGCUAAUGCCGAAUCUGUGUACUACAGAAAGCCGGGCAAUGAGUCUGUGAUCGGCGCUGGAACAUAUGGAAAAGUGUUCAAAGGAAUUCACGUCUAUACCCAGCGUAAAGUUGCACUAAAGAAGAUCCGAAUGGAGGGCGAGAAGGAUGGCUUCCCUGUCACGGCUGUUCGAGAGAUCAAGCUGCUUCAGCAUCUCCGAAAUCACAAUGUCGUCAGCCUCUUGGAGGUCAUGGUUGAAAAAAAUGAAUGUUUCAUGGUCUUUGAAUACCUCUCUCACGACCUGACUGGUCUGAUCAAUCAUCCCACUUUCUCUCUCACCCUGCCACACAAGAAGGAUCUGGCGAAGCAAAUGUUCGAAGGUCUCAAUUAUCUUCAUCACCGAGGGGUCCUACAUCGCGACAUCAAAGCAGCCAACAUAUUGAUCAGCAAUCGUGGAUUGUUGAAGUUUGCUGACUUUGGCCUGGCCCGAUUCUUCUCCAAAAGUCGUCAACUUGACUACACCAACCGAGUGAUCACCAUCUGGUACCGACCACCGGAACUCCUCUUGGGUGAAACCCGUUAUGGCCCGGCUGUCGAUGUGUGGAGUGCUGCAUGUGUUUGCAUGGAGAUGUUCACCAAAAAGGCUGUUUUCCCCGGUGAAGGUGGUGAAUUGAGCCAAAUGGAUAAGAUCUACAAUGCUUUGGGUACUCCUACUAAGACUGAAUGGCCUGACCUUGUGGAGAUGCCCUGGUUCCACUUGAUGCGGCCCACGGAACGAAGGAAGCGCGUUUUCGAGGAUGUAUACCGUGAUGUGCUGACAACUGGUGCAAUGGACCUCAUCUCCUCGAUCUUUCGCUAUGACCCUUCACAGCGGCCGAGCGCUGAGGAUGUUCUUAAACAUCCAUACUUCGUAUCGGAGGAACCAGCUCCUCACCCACCGAUUGAAUUGGAGCACGUUGAAGGUGACUGGCACGAAUUUGAAUCCAAGGCGCUCCGCAAGGAAGCUCGACGCGUUGAGUACCAGAACCAAAAGGACCGCGACAAGCGCAAGGCCGACGCAUCGGUGCCCAGCAGCGAUCGGGAUUUCAAGCGAACCAAGCAAGAUUCAAGUGAUCGUGUCUCUGCCCAGUAA